GAUGUUCCGAACUCCAAAGUUCCAGGUUGUUCUAAACUUCUAGACUGUUCCAAGCACUCCAAUCUGGCUGGCCCAACAAAGAAACGACGGGAUCCGGCGUGGGAAAAUACACCAAAGUGUACAGAACAGGGGAGCUAUUUUAUAGAUGGCUGGAAAGAAAGACACCUUGAAGUCUAUUUUCCAUCCCGGUAUACACCUCAUUUGCCCUGGAAGGCCUAUGAAGCUAGCAGUUGUGGUCAAGGAGAAGCUAAGGGUGAAAUCGUCAAGACAUUAUGUCAUGUCACCCACAAGAAAGAAUUUGAUGAGAUAUGUAAAUUAAAUCCUGGAUCAUACACUCUAAAAUUUAAUAGGAAAAAAGGCAAAUCAGGAUAUAAAAAAGAUGGAUCACCUCUGGGUUUCACUUUUGUAGCGGCUGACGAUAUCAAGAUGCCACCAGGCAAAAGAAGCAAGUACAAAUAUGUAGAUUCAAGUACAGAUCUUUUACCUGGUAGCUACUUGUGGUGGUCUAUUGAUAAUAGCAUUAAAUAUAAGCCACACAGAUCCCGAUAUGGAAGUGUAGCAAUAUAUGGAAGUAUCAAGUUUGUAUUUGAGCAUUACCAAAAAAGUCUCCCAAAAGAUCCUUUGACAGGGAAAUUUCCUAAAAUUGAAUUAAGGAUUGGUGGGACACUACGAUAUAAAUUUGAAAUAUGCUACGUUAUUAUUGUAUGUAAAGAAAAGGAACCAACGCUACCUUAUGACAAAUAUCCAGUGUGGCCAGAAGGAAGAAAGAUUCGGCUUAAUUCUAAAAAUGUAGUUUCAUUUAUUAACUCAAUAAAAGUCAAAAAAAUAAAAGGAGCUGCAUCAUGGAACAAUCAUGUCUUUGGCUUUCAUUUUCCACAUGGCCAGCACCAAAUGAUUUGCCCAAAAAGUGACUUCAAUGAAACUGAUAAAAUAAUACAUACUAGUGAUAAUUGUAUCAAAAAAAUACCUCAAAAAGAUCUACCAUCAGGAACUAGAUCUAAAUGGAUUUGCCCUGAUGAAAUAGCUAGUGAUACUCAAAUCAAAAGGAAAAGGAGUAAUGACUCACAUGAGGAUGAAAGAAAAAGUAAAAGACGACAUUGUGAUAAUGAAGACAUGUAAUGUAACGAAAUACAAAUGCACUUAUAUACUACAAGAUAAUUUAUUUUUAUACAUUAAAACUUUUAUUUUUAUAAUAACUCAAUGAAUUAUACCAUGAUAUAACUUAAAUUAACUAUCAUUGUCAUUGUCACUAUCCUGUGUGGUAAAAAGAUCAGUUGGUAA